UAAGGUACGCUUUCUGUUGACUGUCCAUUGGUUUGCAGACGCUUGAUCAUUUGCUCUUUGGACUUGGAAAUCUUCAUAACUCGCGCUAUUUGAGAUUAGUUGUCAUCUCUAAGUAGGUCAUUUACAGUUAUAACUUCCUACUUCAGACACUAACAUAUUUUCAUCUUGAAAUUUUGGAUGUUCGAGUUACUGAAUACUAGUAAACACCUACUAUUAGGUCAUUUAUGGUUGUUAUAUAUAAUUAGUAUUUUUACUUUGAUCUUUAAGUUUUGGUCAUUCGGGUUACUGAAGACUAGUAAUCACCUGCUAGUAGGUCAUCUAUGGUGGUUAGUAUUUUAAACUCUUGACCAAAAAACCCCCCAACAACAAUGGCUUCAGACUCGAAUACUGUUAAACUUUGUGUUGGUGGAUCAGUGUUUUUAACAACUGUAGACACGCUGAAUAAAUAUCCCAACACGCGUCUGGCCAGUUUAAAUAAAUCAAGUCCGUCGUACGACAAGAAAAACAAAUGCCACUUUUUCGAUAGAGACGAACAGACUUUCAAAUGGAUUUUCAAUCUAUAUCGGACUUCAGAACUUCACGUUCCUAAUGACAUCUGCACGCAGGCCUUCUACCGGGAGUUGGAGUUUUGGGGAGUUUAAAAAAAUAUGGUCACCAAAUGCUGUUGGCAGACCAUGUGCGAUGUGGCGGAUGACCAAGAAGUACAGAAAACACGUGGUGAUGGGUCAGACAACAACGGUGUCAUCCUGAGCGAAAAGAAGUCAAAGUACAAAACAUGGCGUUAUCAACUGUGCGAAUUUCUGGAAGUACCUAACUCAUCUAGAGCCGCCAGACUCUUUAACUUGUUCAUGGUGCUUGUCAUAACGGUCUCAGCAUUGGCAGCGUGUCUUGAAUCGCUGCCACAGUUACGUGUCAAACGAGACAUCAAUCCAGACAACCCAGCAUUGGACGAGGCGGAUCAACGUGCAAUGCGAGUCCUUCAGCAGACGAUAGCCAAUACCACGAACCACAAACUUCGCAUGCUACUCGGCUCUUUCCGUAAUGGAGGUCUCUAUACAACAGAUCUGGUCUGUGUGGCGAUUUUCGCCACAGACCUCAUCGUCAGGUGGUUCAUCUGUCCCUUCAAAAUCCGCUUCUUCAAGAAGAUCAUCAACUGGAUCGACGUCGUCACCGUCGUCACUGGAUGUGGUAUUUAUCUGCUCGAGCACGCAUACAACAACGACUGGCUCCCUCAGACCAAAGUGGCUUUGUAUCCGUAUUUGUUUCUGCGAUCUCUAUACGUCGUGCGUCUGUUUCGUUUUAUCCGUCUGUCGGAGAGAUUCGUCGGACUGAAGAUCAUGCUGCUGUCGGUGAAGCAGAGUCUACGGGAACUCUUACUCCUGUUCUUCACCUACCAGAUCCUUGCUAUGGUGUUCGGAUCUCUCGUUUACUACUGCCAGUUCGACAACAACCAAAUAGCAAACAUUCCACUGGCGAUGUGGUGGGCUGUCGUCACCAUGAUGACCAUAGGAUACGGCGAUUUCGUGCCGUCCAAUGCGUGCGGGUACGUCGUUGGCACGAUAUGUUCCUUUUGUGGACUUAUCAUGAUUGCCAUUCCCUUGACUGUUGUUUCUUAUAAAUUCAGCGUAUUGUUUUCUAACAAUUUGGUAGAUCAGUACAUCCAAAGAAAGUUUUCGAUGAGAGAAAAACGUAUUAAUUAGUAUUUUAAUAAAGAACGGACUAAUUAGUUUUACUGCUGAUGAUGAUAGAGAUUUUUUAAGACAGAUUUCUUCAAUACGUUGCACCGGACUAGUUGGUAUCGCACUUAAACAGCUUUAAGGCUGAAAGGUAUUGGGUUCACACCCCGGUAUUGGUAAACCCCAAUGAGUUCUAUCGGUUCAAUGGGGCUAGCUGAGGAUAGGUUGCUUGAACUGUAUUUGGAUAUAAACACGAACAUCUAAUAUGAACAAAUUAAUUAAAUGAAUAAUGUUGUAUUGUUCGAAGUGACAUAUAUAUAUAUAUAUAUAUAUAUAUAUAUAU